CUAAAUCGGAAACGCGAAGGUGAAAUUUGCUUCCGUCGGCGUCGCGUGUGACUUUUCAAUGUCGAGGUGUUUCUUGAUUUUGACCACCAAACCAUAACGGUCAUGGAAGGUCUAAGGCAGCUUGCUGGAAAUUGAUACUGGGGCAUGGUCAGUCCAAGGAAUUCGACAUGAAGCGACAGAGUGGCUUGACCGCGGCGCCCAAGGUGAUGGCUGUAAUGCGCCAUUCGCAAGAGGAGAAACGACCAGGGGUGGUUGUGCACGAACAAGGUCGGACUAUCAAGCGGGCCCGGCUCAGUUCUAGCAAGAAGAACCCAGGCAAGGAAAACGGCCCCAAGGUCAAGAUUGAGCGUAAUGACAACUCCCAGUCGAUCCAAAGCAAACUCGAGAAAGGCAAAAGCAGAGCUGAGGUUCCGAAUUUCAAGACUACCUUGGCUGAACAAGCUUUAAUGGAUGACCUGAUGGCAGGAUUAGACUCGUCCCUCUUCGACGACUUCGAUAUGACGCCGUCGCAGAAGUCUCAAGCUCUUGUAUCAUCUCAGACGCCAACAAAGCCGAAGCGCAUCCCUCGCCUUCCCCUGUCGCCCGUCAAAUUAUCUGUCCGACAGCAGCAUAUCACCCCAAAACCUGUAAUCGUCAAGCACGAGCCACAGUCACCUCAACGAGAUAUCAUUGUCAAAAGGGAGCCAAAUUUGGAGCUUGGUCCGGAACCUGUCGUUGACAUCAAGCCUCUGGUCCUCAAGACUGAUCCUGAUGAGGACUUCUUCGAUGAUCUGGAUUUCGACGUCGGCGAUCUGUUCGCUGUAGAUGAGCAAAAAUUGCUAGAAGGGCUCGCUGAGCAGAGGUAUCCCAUCUCUCAUCCGACAGUUCCAUCGGCACCCGAGGGCUACCGCCCAACAUCCUGGGUCAGAUGUAUUGUUCAGUCAGUGUAUAAUGGAUUACGUUCGGAAGAAGCCUUGCUUCACUCCGCGGACGACGAGUAUACCGGCCCGAGUCACUUAUCGGGAAAGAAUGCUACCUGACGAGCAACUCCGGAUCAUCCACCUGAAAGACAGGUGGUCUGAUCUACGCAUCUCCUCUGGUGAUACUAUCAACAUUAUCUCUGAUCAAUUGGACAAAGCGAAUAGCAUCAUCGUCUUGACGCUCAAGGACUCGCGAUCUUUCAUUAUCCAUCAUCCUGAUCUCAUGCUGACCAUGACAUCCAUCGCCAAUGCCAUGCCGUGUCCCCGACGGCCAAUCUUGCAAUCCAUGGUCAAACCUUCUGGUCCAUCAAGCAAGAGCAUGCUAUAUGGAACGCUGCUGCAUACUCUCCUACAACGCGCGAUGAGCGAGCAAGAUUUCUCGGUCGAAGCGACACGUCAGAGGCUCAAUGAUGAGCUGAAUAAGGAAUCGACCAAG